AUGAAGGAUCCUGACCUGUAUCCUCCUUUGCUUCUAGGGGAGCCCUCCCAGCCUCCUAACAGCAGCUGGCCCCCAAGCCUGAAUGGGAGUCAUGCCAAGGCCACCCCAGCUGUAAACCUCACCUUCUCCUCCUACUACCAGCACUCCUCCCCAGUGGCAGCCAUGUUCAUCGUGGCCUACGUGCUCAUCUUCCUCCUCUGCAUGGUGGGCAAUGCCCUGGUCUGCUUCACUGUGCUCAAGAACCGUCACAUGCGCACUGUCACCAACAUGUUCAUCCUCAACCUGGCCGUCAGCGACCUGCUGGUGGGCAUCUUCUGCAUGCCCACUACUCUCGUGGACAACCUCAUCACUGGGUGGCCCUUUGACAAUGCCACGUGCAAGAUGAGUGGCUUGGUGCAGGGCAUGUCCGUGUCGGCUUCCGUGUUCACACUGGUGGCCAUUGCCGUGGAAAGGUUCCGCUGCAUCGUGCACCCUUUCCGCGAGAAGCUGACCCUGCGCAAGGCGCUGGUCACCAUCGCGGUCAUCUGGGCCCUGGCCCUGCUCAUCAUGUGCCCCUCGGCCGUCACGCUGACCGUCACGCGCGAGGAGCACCACUUCAUGGUGGACGCCCGCAACCGCUCCUACCCGCUCUACUCGUGCUGGGAGGCCUGGCCCGAGAAGGGCAUGCGCAGGGUCUACACCGCCGUGCUCUUCUCGCACAUCUACCUGGCGCCGCUGGCGCUCAUCGUGCUCAUGUACGCGCGCAUCGCCCGCAAGCUCUGCAAGGCCUCGGGGCCCGCGCGGCCGGGUGGGGACGCGGCGCGGGAGGGCCGGCCGGGGGCCCGGCGGCGGGCCCGCGUGGUGCACAUGCUGGUCAUGGUGGCGCUGGUCUUCACGCUGUCCUGGCUGCCGCUCUGGGCGCUGCUGCUGCUCACCGACUACGGCCAGCUCAGCGAGCCGCAGCUGCAGCUGGUCACCGUCUACGCCUUCCCCCUCGCGCACUGGCUGGCCUUCUUCAACAGCAGCGCCAACCCCAUCAUCUACGGCUACUUCAACGAGAACUUCCGGCGCGGCUUCCAGGCCGCCUUCCGCGCGCCGCUCUGCCCGCCGCAGUGGGCCGGGCCCAGGGAGGCCUACUCCGAGCCGCCCGGCGGGCUCCUGCGCGCCCCGGUCUCCGUGGAGGGGCAGCCCAGCGACUCGGGCCUGCCCUCCGAGUCCGGCCAGGGCAGCGGGGCUCCCCGGCCCGGCCGCCUCCCGCUGCGCGGGGCCCGGGUGGCCCACCACGGCUUGGCCGGGGAGGGUCCUGGCUGCGGCCCCCUGCCCCUCACCAUACCGGCGUGGGGUAGCUGA